CAGGGGGCGGAAGGGAGCCUGGCUGGCUCUGCGCCCUCCCGGCCUGGUCCGGGUGUCGGUCCGUGGGUCCUCCGGAGAUGCUGCUGUCGCGUUGGCAGUUCUGCACGCUGCUGAAAGUCCACCCGCUGCACCGCUGUAGCACCCGGGUGUCGGAGGGUGCACUAGAGCCAGGCCAUGCAGCUGAGAGCGGCACUGCAGGCCGUGUUGCUGGCCGAGCUGCUGGCGGGGCUCCGAGGGGCGAUGGGUAGCCUGCUAAGUGGGCAGUCCAUCUGCAAGGGAGGAACACAGAGACCUUGUUAUAAAGUCAUGUACUUCCAUGAUGCUUCUCGAAGACUGAACUUUGAGGAAGCUAGAGCAGCCUGCUGGAGGGAUGGUGGCCAGCUAGUCAGCAUCGAGUCUGAAGGUGAACAGAGACUGAUAGAAAAGUUCAUCGAAAACCUCCUGGCAUCUGAUGGUGACUUCUGGAUUGGGCUCAGGAGGCGGGAAGAGAAACAAAGCAACAGCACAGCCUGCCAGGACCUUUACACUUGGACCGAUGGCAGCAUAUCAACUUUCAGGAACUGGUAUGUGGAUGAGCCUUCCUGUGGCAGUGAGGUCUGUGUGGUCAUGUACCAUCAGCCAUCAGCACCCACCGGCAUCGGAGGCCCCUACAUGUUCCAGUGGAAUGAUGACCGAUGCAACGUGAAGAACAAUUUCAUUUGCAAAUAUUCCAAUGGUGAAAGAACAGAGCCAGCCACACCCAUACUUCCAGAAGAUACAGAGAAAGAAGAUGCCGAAGAAACCUUAAGAGAAAACAAAGAAGCUGCCUGGAAUGUUGCCUACAUCCUAAUCCCCUGUGUUUCCCUUCUCUUCCUCCUUGUGGUCACCACCAUUGUAUGUUGGGUUUGGAUCUGGAGGAGGAGGAAUCAGGAGCAGCCCAGCCCCAGCACAAAGGAGCAGCACACCAUUUGGCCAUCUCUUCACCACAGACCAGACCUGGAGGUUUACAACGUCAUACGAAAACAAAGUGAAGCUGAUUUAGCUGAGACCCGGCCAGACCUGAAAAACAUUUCAUUCCGAGUGUGUUCGGGAGAAGCCACUCCCGAUGACAUGUCUUGUGACUAUGACAACAUAGCUGUGAACCCAUCGGAAAACGGAUUUGUCACUCUAGCGAGCAUAGAGAGUGGUUUUGUGACCAAUGACAUUUACGAGUUUUCUCCCAGCCGAAUGGGGAAGAGCAAGGAGUCUGGAUGGGUAGAAAAUGAAAUAUAUGAUUAUUAGGACACAUGAAACACAUUUAAACUUACAAGAACAGGAAUAAAAAGAGUUGCAAAAUUUUUCUAUUUCCUAUAAGGAAAACACUCAGAAGGCCUAUGAAAGUGCUGUUACCAAGUCCUGGGAGGUGAGCAUGUGAUCCCAAAUAUCCCCUAUUGAAUAUAUCCCUUUUCCUUGGCCUCUCAUCCAGGUCUAUCUUAGAAGAAAGCACCUUGCCCAGGGUCUGGACAUAGUAGAAGAUAAAUGUCAGUUGGUUGGUUACAGCUGACAUACAAGGGACAGUGCCUUCAUUAACAGGAAUAAGGCUGUGGUUAUGGGACUUGGGACACCCGUCCCAGGUUCCGUUUUUGUUUUUGUUUUUUUCCCAGCCCAUGUAAUCACGGAGAGACAGAAAUUACAGCAGAUUUCAAAGCCUACUUAUGCUAGCAUCCGGCUGGCCUGCAUAUCAGCAAUGCUCGUAUCUGUUUUUUUCAAAGAAUCAAAUCAAAUCAAAAGCAGGAAGAGGAAUGUUAGUCGGUCUGUGUCUACAGCCCUUCCUCUGCAUGUGGCCUCAUGGGACCUUUUUUCUUCCUCCUGACAUCCCAACUUGGAAAUAGUUUAGAAACAAAAAUGAAAUUUGAAUUUGGCUUCUAGGGUUAUUUGUGUUCCAGCCCUGACCCUGCACAUUGUUCUGUUGGUGUGUUUGUUUUAGAGCAGCAUCAACACAAUGUUGCUAAUAAUAAUGAUGAUUCUUCUCUUUUGUUUUAGGAAGCUAUUUCCAAUAUUUUUGGAUUCAAAUCCAGAGAAAGGUUUCAUAGCCUCACAUCAGUCAUUUACCAUUUGAAGGUCUGAAGGCCAUUAUUUAAAUCACCAGCAACCUCUAUCAGUUUAAUAUUAUUUUAAGCAUUUUAUAUAUAUAUAUUUUACAGUGUGUAGCUUUGCCUCACAUGUGGAGCCCCAAAUGAGAUAAAUUAACUAGUCUGGGUCAGGGCCACAUCCAACACAGUGGAUUGUAACCACUGCCCAGUGACCCGUCCUGCUGGGGGGUGGGGGGCAGGGAACAAGGUGGACAUAAAAACAUCAUUUAUGCUUGAUUCAGGGAAGUGUAUUUGGUGGAGUGAUUGCAUUUCAAGCAAAAACAGUGACCAUGUGGUCUGAAGGACUAAUUCAUUGCUCUAAAAUAUUGAAGUCUCCAUCUUGCUGCACACAUCUUGGCUCUGUGAUCUGUCCCAUUAUCCUCCCCUGUGAUCCUCAACUCUGGCCACUAAUAGCUGAGAAUCCCAGGAGGGCAGAGGUCCCACUGGCCCUAUCAGCACAGUACCUCCUACACCCAAGACAGUACCUUGCACAGAACAGACAGUCAGCACUCGUUGAGUGGAUGAAAAAUUCAUCUUUCAGACUGAUCUACAAUAACCUAAAUAUUUCAAAAGUUCAUAGGACCUGUUUUUCACACUCCACCUGGGUAAGGGUAGUAAUUGAGUUAUUUUAGUUUGAAUAGCACUCCCACUAACGGAGGAAGACGGAAGAGUAGUGACAAGUAAACAAAGCUGGUGAAUUGCUAACGACUUGCUUUAAUUAUGUCACUUAAACUUGAAAUGAGGACACAUUGUUAAGGUUGUAAUCUCAAUGACCCUUUCAGCAUCUUCUCUUUGUCGUUCAUGUGUUAUCUGCACUGGAACCCACAGAUUUCUUCUUUCUGGAUUUGCAUGCAGCCAGCCUUACCCUGCAUCCACAUUAUUCAAUUUCUUCUCCUCCUCAGAUUUACUAUCCUGAAUUUGCCCAACUCCAUUACUAUCUCUAAUAAUUGCACUUCACUUGUUUAACAAACUUUUAUCAAAUAUUUUGUUCAUAUUGAAUAUCUAGUUUAUCUAGUUAUCAUUUAAAAAUUUAAUAAACCCA